ACACAUCAGACUGGCAAUACGUAAAUUCCGAGAGCAACCCGGCGAAUAUAGCCUCAAGAGGAAUAGCCGGCGACAGGGUAAAGGAGAGUGUGUGGCUUACGGGUCCCACCUUUCUUGGCAAGAAGUCGGACGAAUGGCCUCGAGAACCCGACCAACGAUCCCCUGUAGUUUCAGGAGAACCAAAGGCAGCAGUGAAUACGGUCCACAUGGAGGACCAUUGGCUAACACCCUUUUCGGGCUGUAGUAGUUGGACUAAACUGCUAAGACACGUUGCAUGGUUGCGAAUAUUCAAAGCCUACAUAAAGGGUGAAGGCCUUACCACAACCAAGGCCUAUUUCU